UUUUUCUUCUGCACGCCAAAAGUGAAAAAUUUUGCUCCGCCAUUUUCUCUUCUGAAGCGCUUUUCUUCCUUUGGUGUACAUCGAUCGAUAGAAAAAAAAGUUAUAAAUCUCUUAAUUAUAUUAAAAUUAUUUUGCUACAUUUUAAGUGCAAAUUAAUUGCUGGAAUUUGAACAAAUACCCUGCAUAAAAAUAUUCACAAAAAGAAAUGGAAUUUGAAGACAACCAGCAAUCUCAAGCCGGAGACAAUUCGGAAAAUGGAGGUGACAGUGCCGCCGGCAGUAACAAUGAAAAAGAAAAGGAGCGCGACCGCCGUGGGCGUGGAGCUCGUGGAACACGAUUCUCCGAUGCCGAUGGCGGCAACCGGGAGCGUAGCCGGGAGAAGCGCAAUUGCCGCGUUUACAUCUCAAAUAUUCCCUACGAUUAUAGGUGGCAAGAUUUGAAAGAUCUCUUCCGUCGCAUUGUCGGCAGUGUUGAGUAUGUUGAGCUGUUUCAUGACGAGAGCGGCAAAGCCCGUGGCUGUGGCAUUGUGGAGUUUAAAGAUCCCGACAAUGUAGAAAAGGCACUCGAGAAACUGAAUCGUUAUGAAAUUAAUGGCAGAGAACUUGUGGUGAAGGAAGAUCAUGGUGAAAAUCGUGAUCAGUAUGGACGCAUAGUUCGGGAAGGAGGUCCAAUUGGUGGAGGCGGUGGUGGUGGUGGUGGCGGCGGCGGCGGUGGUGGCAACCGCAAUGAUCGCAUGGACCGCAGUUUCAACCGGAGGAACAACGACGAUGAUAGAUUAUCUGGGCGUAAUCAUAACAUUGGUAAUAUGAUGAUGUCUAACGAUUAUAAUAAUGCGUCUUACAAUUCGUAUGGUUUGUCUGCUUCGUUUUUGGAGAGUCUUGGAAUUAAUGGACCUUUGCAUAAUAAAGUUUUUGUUGCUAAUUUGGACUAUAAAGUCGAUUCGAAGAAACUUAAACAGGUGUUUAAGUUGGCCGGUAAGGUUCAAAACGUCGACUUGUCAAUGGACAAAGAGGGAAAUAGUCGUGGUUUUGCUGUGAUUGAAUAUGACCAUCCGGUAGAAGCUGUACAAGCAAUUUCGAUGCUUGAUCGUCAAAUGCUCUUCGAUCGUCGUAUGACUGUUCGCUUGGAUCGUAUUCCAGAUAAAGGAGAAGGCAUUAAAUUGCCAGAAGGUUUGGGUGGAGUUGGCAUUGGUCUUGGUCCUAAUGGUGAACCAUUGAAGGAUGUAGCACGCAAUAUACCUAGUAUAACCAAUCAAUCAAAUCAACAACAACAGCAACAACAACCCCCACAAAUGUCUUCUAACUCUGGCAAUAUGAAUCUGGGCGGUGGAAUGUUUAAUAAUUCCGUGCAACCGGCUCCUGUGGCACCAGUUUCUGUAAACAAACAACCAGUUGGUGGUAACUUAUUAGGUCCAGCUGGUGGACUGAAUCUUGGCAAUUUGUCUUCCUCAAAUUUGGCAGCUUUGACAAACGUCGUCGGUGGACUUGGCGCUGCAUUGUCAAAUCCAUUAUUAACUAGCAGUCUUUCCAACUUGGGUUUGAACCUCGGACAAGCACCUAUUACUCCAAACAAUGAAGAUUCCAUGUCCACCGCUACAGCCCUUACCAAUAACUACAGCACUGGAAAUAAUUACAGCUCUGGUUACGGUGGAUCAUCAGGUUACAAUCUGGGAGGUGGUGGUGGCGGAGGCGGCGGUGGUGUUGGAGGAAGUGGAAACUUCGAUAACUUGCGCAACGCUUACAACAGUGGAGUUGGACCGCAGGACAACAACGAUUACAAUUCAGGCUCUAACUUAGAUAUGUAUGGCGGCGGAGGUGGAAAUCAGAACCCACUAGGAGGAGGUGGUGGACGCAAAUCUGAUACCAUCGUAAUUAAAAAUAUUCCAUUAAGUUGCACGUGGCAGACAUUGCGCGAUAAAUUCCGUGAUGUUGGAGAAGUUAAAUUCGCUGAGAUCCGUGGAAAUGAUGUUGGAGUUGUGCGUUUCUUCAAAGAGCGAGAUGCUGAGUUGGCAAUUGCACUGAUGGACGGUUCAAGGAUGGAUGGCCGAACCAUUCAAGUCAGCUUUUUUUAAUUUUACCAUUAAAAACAAAAUAAAUUAAUAAUAAGAAAAAAUAUCCUUAAAAUGAUCGUAUUUUGGAAGAAAAAUUGUAGAUUUUUUUUCUUCUAUCCACAAAAAAAAAAUAACUGUUACAAAUAAUAAGAAUUGAAAAUUUUACAAA